AUGGCGCUCUUCUAUGUGCAGGGAGUGCCAAUCGGCGCGGUGGCCAUCAUGCUCGCCCUUGUGGCAAGUAUGGGAGGCUUCAUCUUUGGUUACGACACAGGUCAGAUAUCCGACAUCCUUGUCAUGAAGGAUUUCAAGCUACGGUUCGCUACAUGUGGAAUCCCCGAUGACCCCUCCACUUGUUCCUUUACCAAUGUACGGUCAGGUCUGAUCGUCGGUCUGUUAUCCAUCGGUACCCUUUUCGGGGCUCUCUUCGGUGCACCGACUGCUGAUUACCUCGGCCGUCGAUAUGCCAUGGUCGUGGAGUGUGGCUUGUUCAUCAUCGGCGUCAUCAUCCAGAUCACUGCUACCAGCGUGUGGCAACAAUUUGCCGUGGGCCGCCUUGUCAGCGGUUUGGCUGUUGGAGCGCUGAGUGCCGCAGUUCCUAUGUACCAAGCCGAAACUGCUCCUCCGCAAAUUCGUGGAAGUCUGACGGCAACAUACCAGCUGUUCAUCACGUUUGGUAUACUCGUUGCGUGUUUGUGGAUUUAUUACUAUGUGCGGUCGUCGCCUCAUCAUUUCACAGAUUGCAUAUCUAUCGGUACCCGCUCUAUCGGCGGCGCAGGAUCUUGGCGGACUGUCGUGGGAAUUGGCAUCGUCUGGCCCUUCAUUCUAGCGAUUGGGAUUCUCUUCAUGCCUGAAAGUCCUCGGUGGCUUGCAAAACACGGACGUCUCGAAGAGGCUGGAACCUCUAUUGCGAGGACCCGGGGAGUCCCGCCUUCAGAAGUCAAGACAGAUCCAGUCGUCGUACGGGAACUUGAAGAAAUUCGGAGUAAUGUGGAGUACGAAAUGACUUUUACGGGAGGUUGGCUAGAUUGUUUCAAGCCUGGCAACAAGAUCUUGUAUCGAACCCUCCUCGGUAUGACACUACAAAGCUUCCAACAGCUAACUGGGGCCAAUUACUUCUUCUAUUAUGGAGCGACUAUUUUCUCGUCAGUCGGUAUUCAAGAUUCUUACGUUACUCAAAUUAUUCUUGGUGCUGUCAACUUUGUAUGCACAUUUGGAGGCAUAUAUGUAAUGGAGAAAUUCGGACGACGUGUGCCUCUUAUUAUAGGAGGUAUUUGGCAGGCCGCAUGGUUGUUCAUCUUCGGGGCAGCUGGUACUGCAAAAGUACCUGCAGAUAACCCAGGAAUUGGAAAGCUCAUGAUUGUCUCUGCAUGCAUGUUUAUUCUUGGAUAUGCGAUGACAUGGGCCCCGGGCGUCUGGAUAUUGAUCGGAGAGACGUUCCCUACGAGGACUCGAGCUAAACAGGGUGCACUGGCGACUGCUUCGAAUUGGCUAUGGAAUUUCCUCCUGGCCUUCUUCACGCCUUUCAUCGUCAGUGCUAUCGAAUUCCGGUAUGGUUUCGUGUUUGCCUCGUGCAAUCUCACCGGAGCUGUGAUCGUUUAUUUCUUCUUGUACGAGUCUUCUGAGCUAUCCUUGGAAAACGUUGACCAGAUGUACAACGACCCUGAUUGCAAGCCAUGGACUUCUCGUCAGUGGGCACCUCCUGAGUACAAGGAUCGCCGUGACCUUGUUGAGCAAGUGCGGGCAGCUGAAAGUCGCAAGGAUGCCACAGUGGAACACAAGGAAAGUGCGACAUCUAGCACUGACCAUGCUACGGAAAAGGUUUAA